CAGGUUUUUAUACAAGACAAGGCCGUAAUAUCCAUUCUGCUUUUAAAGUGCCAUGACAAAAUUAAGACGAAUCUAAAAAUACAUUCGACGUGUAAUAAAAAUAAAUAAUGUUAAUAGUGUAAAUCAUGUUUUGGCAGAAGUCAGUUUGGGUUUUAUUUUGAAAAACCUUGGCCGGAUGUGUGACAUGUUACAAUGAUUUUUUGACGCUGCUUGUUGCAGAAAAUUCUUGCACCGCCGAGUCCCGCCUUUCUUGCUCUUGCUAUAUAGUCAUCCAGCGAAUGUCGACCGCAAGGUUUGCCUAUGUGACUUCCUGCCAAAUACUGAGACUUUCGGUUGAUUAUCUUCUUGUUCAGCGGCUCAGCGUUGACGACGCGAUCUUUUACUUGUUCAAAUGUGAAGGCUAUUUUGAGCGCAGAUGUUAAACGUAAAUGACACCUUGCGUCUCAGACGAUGUGAAAGACAAGACUCGUUGUGUUGUAGUUCACACGACGGUUCAGAAGGUGGCGCACUUCAUACACAAAGAGAAGGAGUGAGUGGUAAUGUAUGUGCUGAUCCAGAGUCAGAUGUUUUCGCCCUUAACGGUGUGGUGGACGUUUAAAGCUGGAUAAAAGCUGAUCUGGAAACUGCCAACACAGAGCGCCUAGGGAACGUGCGUUCGAUUUAUUCACAAAGGCGUUACAUCGGGGCGGUGUUUACCAAUUUAAGGUUCUUUGAUCUACACGAGGCGACGGUGCCGCUCACUCGGGAGAUACAGAUGACUAAACUGAGGUGUCAGCUUUGAAUUACAAUCAGAGCAGAGGAAUUUAGGAGAAAACGAGAGCCGAGAGUCCGCCGCUUUUUACCGUUGUGGGUGACUUAACACAGGUCCAUGGUAGCGCAACAGAGACGUAGCUUUAAUCCACACGGCGGGACACCCUGGAACAGACGGAGAAACAGCAGGAGGAUGCCGGACAACGCGGCUUCGAUGUGAGAAUCGUUGCGGCAAUAUGUGAGAUGGACCGGGAGAAAACAGCGACCGAGGCCAACGACACCAUGUUGGUCCGGGGCUCGCCUGGCCGAGGCCGAGCCAGAGUCACCCACGCUGUGGUGGUGAUCUUCCUGGAGUUCUUUGCCUGGGGACUGCUGACUACACCCAUGCUCACUGUCCUCCGUGAGACAUUUCCUCAGCACACCUUCCUGAUGAACGGCCUGGUUCAGGGAGUGAAGGGCUUUUUGUCGUUCCUGUCAGCUCCUCUGAUUGGUGCUCUGUCAGACAUCUGGGGCCGAAAGUCCUUCCUGCUUAUGACAGUGUUUUUCACGUGUGCGCCCAUUCCCUUCAUGAGGAUCAGCCCCUGGUGGUAUUUUGCUCUGAUCUCAGUCUCCGGGAUUUUUUCCGUGACCUUUUCGGUGAUCUUUGCCUAUGUCGCCGACAUCACGGAGGAACAAGAGAGGAGCACGGCCUACGGCCUGGUCUCUGCGACCUUCGCAGCCAGUCUGGUGACGAGCCCUGCCAUCGGGGCCUACCUGUCAGCCCAGUACGGCGACAGCCUGGUGGUCCUGGUUGCCACAGUGAUUGCAGUGGCAGACAUCGCCUUCGUGUUCUUCGUCGUCCCGGAGUCGUUGCCGGACAAGAUGAGGCUGACGUCCUGGGGCUUCCCCAUCUCCUGGGAACAAGCUGACCCUUUUGCUUCUCUGCGUCGCGUGGGCAAAGACACAACAGUGCUGCUCAUAUGUGUCACAGUGUUCCUGUCCUACUUGCCUGAGGCUGGACAGUACUCCAGCUUCUUCCUCUACCUGAAACAGGUGAUCGAGUUUUCUCCUGCAGCCAUCGCUGCCUUCAUCGCCAUGGUGGGAAUCCUCUCCAUCGUUGCUCAGACUCUCCUCCUUAGUGUUUUAAUGAGGACCAUUGGUAAUAAGAAUACGGUUCUCCUGGGUCUGGGCUUUCAGCUCUUCCAGCUGGCCUGGUACGGCUUUGGCUCUGAGCCCUGGAUGAUGUGGGCAGCAGGAACAGUAGCAGCCAUGUCCUCCAUCACCUUCCCAGCAGUCUCUGCUCUGGUGUCACACAGCGCGUCACCUGACCAACAAGGUGUGGCUCAGGGCAUGAUCACGGGUAUCCGAGGUCUCUGUAACGGUCUUGGUCCAGCUCUCUACGGCUUCAUAUUCUUCCUCUUCAAUGUGGAGCUGAACGACAUGGACCCAGGGGCAGGACGACCCACGGCCAACAUAGAGAAGUCCGUCAUCCCCGGCCCUCCCUUCCUGUUCGGAGCGUGCGCCGUCUUCUUGGCCCUCCUUGUUGCCGUCUUCAUUCCCGACCACCACCACCACCACCUGGUCGACAUCAAGACCUGCUCCGCGCGCAAGUCCAGCGGCGCCGCGGCGGCCACACACGCACAGAGCGCCGGCCCCCUGGCCUCGCCCACCAGUGACACGGAGGACAUCGAGCCACUCCUACAGGACAGCAGCAUGUGACUGACAGCCAGCCCGGCCUAUCGCAGCGCUGUGGCCUGAGCUCCGCUCUGCAGGUUCCACCAAUUUCAAAAAUAAACCAGCUUUUCCUUUUUUUUCCCCCUUCAGAUUUCAGACUGUUCACUCCAGAGUCAGGUAAAGUCAGGUCACAUCGACAGGUUCUGUUUUAUUUCUCCUCCUCACACGUGAAGCUUUGUUCGUUUGUUUGUUGGUUGGUGUCUGAGGCGGAGGAGAGAAUGAAUUUAAACAGUUUGAAGGGGUUUUAGACGUGUUAAGACGAGACUGUGAUCACACGUCUGACAGUUUGUCCUGAUUCAGACAAUCAGGCCUCCAGGUUUAUUGAUUAGUAGACUUUUUUGUCUGGUCUCACUCACACUGUCACCUUUCAGUUUGGUCACUAAAGUUUGAGAUCCAGUUACUUUGACUCCUCCCAUUAUUUCAAGAGAUUAUUUUCACAGUCUCAUCUGUUAACGUCUCUUCUUCCCCCUUCUGUUUUAAAUACAUUCAAAUAAAUGCUCCUCUCCCUCUGACCAGCCUGUCAGAUACAAGAAGUGUUACUGAUGUAGAAUCCAGUCCAGGUCACAUGGUGUGAACGGUCAGUUUGAGUGUAAACCUUUUACAAUCAGUAGGUGUUAAAAAACCAAAUGGUGCCAUGUUUGUUUUUGACAUUUUUCUUCUUUUUUUUUUCUUUGUUUACAAAGUUCAAACAUCACAUUCCAAAAAAAAAAAAGAGAGAAAUUCAUCGAUGCUCAAGUGUGGAAGAUCUGUGCUUCAUCGUAUUCACCAGGAAACUGUGUUCACGUUUAAUGUCUGCACUCUCAAACAUUCACACUCUCUUCUCUCAGCAAUACUCCCUAUUUUUAUUAUUUUUUUAAACGUCAAUCUCUGCAGUUUUCCUGUAAGAAAACAAAGAAACACGUCUGACUGAAUAUUCAACCGAGAUUCAAGCAUAACACACACUUUUAUGGCGUUUUCAUUCAUACUAAAGUUAUUUUUCCCUGUCUUUUACGUCCGUUACUCGGCGUCGUCUCGCUCAGGGUUCACAUCUGAGAACCAACCGCAGCUUAAAGGAAGUCACUCACUCCAGUUUCCUCUGGACAUUAACAUGAACCGCACAGAUCUUCACAUCUUCACGUGUCACUCAGCACAACUAACGCUUUAUUUCCCCCCUUUGUAUUAACUUUAUAUGCAAUAUCAUCCCAUAAUAAUAAGAUUAAUAAUAAUGAUGAUGUUGCAUUUGGUGUGGACGCACCAUUAGCAUGAAUCUUUAGGCCUUGAAAAAGUUGCUGACCUGUUGUCUUGACACUCGGAGUUAGAAUAUUUUGUCGAUCAGCUUCAUUUGACUUCCUUCUCACUUUUAUUGAAACUUAAGUUGUUAAGUUGUCGUCCAGCAGCUUGUGUAUGUAACAUUUUACUGAGAAAACACCUUGAAUUUUAUCAAAUCUUCACACGGAUUUUACACUCGAGCUUUGAAAAGAUUACUGAGGAGGUUUCCGAAGCUUUUAUUUCAUCUGAUGAUGAGAAAGAACUGAUGCAGACACGAACACAACACGACAUGAUGCAGAAUAUUUGCUGAUGCUGCACUUUAAUUUCUCUGAACAUGUGCCUCUAAUCAUUCUCAUGUUCAUAUCUGUUUUCUAUAGAAACCAAGAGACGUUUGUGUGCAUUUGCUUUUAUCUUAAGAACAUAAUGUUGAUUAAUAUCUAUUAUAAUAAUGACAAUAAAGAGAAAUGUAUGGAAUUUCA